AUGCCAUCUCUCACGGCAAUACACCUCCCGCUGCUGGGCUACUUCGCCUUGAUUGGCGCGCUCACGGUCGCCAUCUUGCCCAACUUUACCUCAGCCAAGCGAUGGAACCGCGCCGCUGUCGGAUUCGUCGCCCUCGCCUUCGUCUCGCUCGGAGUGACCUGGACGUACAUGUUCAAGUACUUUGUCAAGAGCUUUGAGGAUUCGGCCCUCCGACACGGCCUCCCCAGCUCCGCCUUUACGACGCAAGCGUGGCUUUCGGACGUCUCGCUCUUCCAGGAGGCGUGGCGCUACGUCUGCGACGGCGCAGAGCGGUGGUGGUGGUCGCAGCAGCUGUGCAUGUGGACGGCCGGCCCGCUCACGCUCCUCCUCGCGACGGAGGGCUUCCGGUUCGGCGUGAAGCGCGUCUGGGCCUUCAUGCUCCUCGGCCAGAUCGUCGCCAUCAGCACCGCGCAGUCACUCUUCUUUGCUGCCGUCAUCCUCGCCGCGCUCAACAAUCCCGAACCUACUUUCGCAACGCUCGAUGCGCGCACCAAGUUCUAUCGCCGCAUCAACUUUGGCGUCCUCGUCGGCAUCGUCUUCGGUACCGCGAGCGUCAUGUUCGUCCCCAAUACGAUGAACACGCGCGCUUUCCUCCCGAACCUCCUCCUCAUGCACGUCCUCAUCCUCGUCCCGCUCCUCCCGCCCGUCGCCGCAAUCGACAAGCCCGGCCACCCUCGUCUUUCCCGACUCCUCCUCAACUUCACCCUCGUCGGACUGCGCUUCCGCGUUCCGACUGUCAUCGAGUUGCUCGGCACCGAGCAAGCCUUCUCGCUGGAAGUCUUGCGGAACGACUUCCCCGCCCUCCUCAAGUCCGAGUGGGACGUCCUGCGCUCUCACCCCGCCCAGUCGAGCAUCUCCUGGGACGUCAUCUUUGCGACCGUCUCGGGCCUCGCCUACGUCGUCUACUCGUCGCGCUCGUUAACCCUGCGGAUCCGCCCUCAGGAGCGCGUCUCGCCUCUCGUCCUCGCCGCCAUGGUCGUCGCGACGCCUCUCGUCGGUGUGGCGAGUACGGCGAGUGUAGGCAUUGCAGUGAGGGAGGGCAAGCGCGAGGCGAGGGAGGACGCGGAGGAGGCGCUCGAGAAGGCGAGGCGGGAGCAGGCGGCGAGGGCGAUGGCCAACCUCGGGCAGGCCGGGCAGGUCGAGUCGCAAAAGGACAAGUAG